AUGAAUGGAAUCGCCGACUCGAACGCUAGGAAAGAAAUCGCCUUUCAUUUCUUACCUGCGAUAACAGCAGAGCCCAACAGCCGCCGUGAGGUUGAGCUCCGACAAUCAAGUGCCAGGUCACAUCUCGCCAAAUCCAUGCAUCGUCGUAAAAGAGCCAGCAAGGAACUACCAUCAGAGCAAGAAUCCACCGAAUUACGCAGGACCAAUAAGGGUAUGACGAUGGCGGAGAGGAGCACCAUAAGAAAUGACAGACAGCUUCUGCUUACCUCUGGACAACUCAGUAUUUGCGUUAUCCCCGACAGGAUGGGGGACCCGCACACCAAGAUGCUGCUUCACUACUGCACGCAAUCUUUUUGGCCAGGAUUCGAGAUCGGGUCAGCCGCAUUUCAUAUUCCACCGUUCGCGCUCGACUACAAUACGCUUGUUGCUCAAGGUCCAGCAUUGGUACAUGCUUGUCUGUGGCAAGCUGCAGUGAACCUUGCAUUCAAGAGAAACUCGCGGGUUACCGAUAAGCAAAGUUUACUACACUACAAUCAAGCCAUUGCGCAUAUCUCGAAAGACAUCACGAAACCUGUCUCAGAAAUACCUGAGCAGACUCUUUAUGCCAUCCUUAGUCUCUGUGGUCCCGAGAUGUCGCCAGAUGAUGGAAACGGCAUCAUCAAAAAGGCUUUUGAUCCGCCGUUAGCGGAGCUAUCUUGGAUCCACGUCUUUGGCAGCAGACUUCUCAUUGAUUCGCACGCCAAGGCCUUGAUGAAUCUGGUGGAUCUGAAAGGGGGCAUUCACAAUGUCAAGUACGCUGGCUUCCAAGCUUCCUUUAACUACAUGGAUCUUGUACGCGCCACCCAAAAGCUUGUCAAACCUCACCUUCCGGUGUCUCAGCUUUACGGUCGUGUCAAGGAGACCCAUGAUAGGGCCAAGUUCUUCGGUUACGCUUCUGACUUUGUCGAGCAUUCUCCAUUUGAGGAAUCGUCAGUUAUAAUUGACAGUCUUAGUGUGCUCGGCUUAGCAGAAGAUGUGCGAGAAGUAAUCUGUGACAUGCGAGUAUGGGUCAAGGUCAUAGAGGCAUACCAUCACAGCGCGUUGACAAACCCUGAUCUUUCGCUUCUAGCUGCUCAUAGAGAUCUGAUCCAACAGCGCCUUCUCGCAACUCUCCCGGACGGGUAUGAUGGCAAGAAGCCCAUGCAAAUGGACGCGUCCGGGUCAACAGAAACCACCGCAGACCAGUGGAUCAACGAAAUCAUUCAGACAGCUCUGCUGAUAUUCUCAUUGGGCGUUACGUGCCCUAUCUCCUACGCGCCUCCUUACCAUCAUGCUGCACAGAGGUUACAGGCACAGCUCAUCCUGUAUAAGGAGCGAGCGACUCAUCUAGGAUUAUCUGACCUGCUGACAUGGCUUGGCAUGUUGGGACUCCUCUGUACCGAACAGGUUGGGUCCAGGCGCAGAGAGUGGUUUGUUGGAUUCCUCAGUAUGGUGGAGCGGAAGCGCGGAGUCACUGGAGACGCGAGGGAUUGGGAUCUGGUAAAGAAAGAAUCACUUGAGCUCAUGCUGUGGUCUUCUGUCGCCUGCGAUAUUGCAGCAGACACGGCGUGGCGCGAUGUCCAAGAAGUCGCGGAUGAGACAUCAUGGAAUUGGGGCAGGACAGCAUGGUCAACAAUGCUGGGGACUAUAUGUGGAUAA